AGUAUUGUGCAUGCGUUUGCCUCAGUCAGCAUGAUGAUGGAUGCUACCUUUUCAGCAGUAUACAACAGUUUCAGAGCUGUGUUGGAUGUAGCCAACCACUUCUCCCGCCUCAAAGUACACUUCACAAAGGUGUUUUCGGCUUUUGCUUUAGUGAGAACUAUAAGAUAUCUCUACCAACGUCUACAACGAUUACUAGGUCUGCGGAAGAGCUCUGAGAAUGAGGAUUUGUGGGCUGAAAGUGAGGGGACAGUAGCUCGCGUUGGCCUUGAAGACAAGACGUCUAACUCUGCAAAAUCCUGGCCCAUUUUCUUGUUCUUUGCUGUUAUAAUGGGAGGUCCCUAUCUGAUCUGGAAACUGCUUUCUACAUACAGCGACGAAGAAACAGUAUCUAGUAACUGGGCGAGUGGAGAAGAUGAUCAUGUAGUUGGAAGAGCAGAAUAUGAUUUCAGUGCUCUCUCAGAAGAAGAAAUUUCAUUCCGUGCUGGUGACAUACUAAAAUUAGCACCCAAAGAACAACAACCCAAAAUCCGUGGUUGGCUUUUGGCUAGUUAUGAUGGCCAAACAACAGGACUUGUGCCAGCUAAUUACAUCAAAAUCCUGGGCAAAAGAAGAGGUAGGAAAACAGUGGACCUGGAAAGGAAUACAGAGCAACGGCCUGCCCUUAACAGCACAUCUGUUAGACGAUCCUCUGCUGCUGUGACUUUAGAGGAGCAGGAAGCUGCUUUUGAUUCUGUUUUUGCUGGAAGUAAUAAAGUUCCUGGUGCGUCUGACUCCACUGUGGUUAGUGGAGAGAAACAGGAACUCUAAUGCACUUUCAUCAACAGAGCAACUGGACUGUGCUUUAUUGAUAAAACUUAGGGUUUGUUCAAAGUCUGUAUUGUAGUGGAACACUGAUGGGUCUGUACCAGUUCCUGCUGCUACUGACUGGUGGAGGGAUGGAGAAAUGAUUGCUCAAAUUUGUAGUAUUUAUUUUUGACUCUCCUAAGGCUGUACAUUAGUGAUUCUACCCAACCACUUGGUAGCAACUCUGAGAUCUUGAGACGAGGAGAAUCGAGGCAUUUAUAACAAAGCAAACAAAAAAAUAGGGACUGCUGGCGUAUUCUUGUUAAGGAGACAGA